AUGCAAACAACAUCUAAUGAAAAAGUGAUACAUUUAGAAAGUCAAUUAAAUGAAUUAACACAUCAGUUAAAUAAAAAUCAGUCAAUAUUAUCGACUGUUCAAUGUGAAUUAGAUGGAUAUAAAUCGAAAGAACAAGAACAAAAUGAACAAAUUAAUGAACUUACUAUAAAAAUGAAAGAUAUUCAAACUGAUUAUGUAAAUCAAUUAUCAAAUAUAGAAAAUAAUUUACAAAAUGAAAUAAAAAAGUAUACAGAUAUAAAAUUAAAAUAUACUGAAAUGGAAACAGAAUAUAAUAAUAUACAAAAUGAAUUAAAAUUAGUAAAUAAAUUAAAAGAUGACUUGGAGCAUAAAUUAUCACAACAAAUGAAUAUACAAAGUGACCUUGAAAAAGAUUUAACCCAUUUUAAGCAAUUGUAUGCAGAUGAUGAUAAUCAAGUGUUACAAUUAAAACAAGAUUUACAAAUAUCUAAUGAACAAUAUGCACAAUUAUUAAAUAAGCAUGAAAGUUUAUUGAAACAAUUUAAAGAGAAUGAAGGACAAUUGAAAAUUGAACAAGAUAAAUUAGCGCACAAAUCAAAUGAAUUGUUAACAGUUAGUGAAGAGUUGAAAACUUUACAAGAAAUGAUUCUAAAUUUAAAAAAUGAUCAUCAAUUUGAAUUGGAUAGACAAUUGAGUGAUCAAUCUGUCAAAUAUCAUAUGGAGAUAGAUUCACUUAAAAAUGAGAUAGAAAGUAUGAAGAAGCACUCGAAUGAUACGUUAAAUUCAAAAAUUGAAUGUUUAACAAAUGAAAAUAAAGUUUUAUGUGAUCAAAUUCAGUCACUUCAAGAAACUCUAAGUAGUACUCAAAACCAAUUGGAUAGCUUAAAGCUUCAAUAUAUGAAUGAAUCAGAAAAAACUAGUGAAGACAUGAAAAAGCAUGAUAUAGAAGAACAAAGCUUACGUUUACAACUCUCAAAAGCCAAUAACGACAUUAAAGUGUAUCAAGAUCAGUUAGAAAAAUCAAUGCAAGAAAAUAAAUAUCUUACUGAUCUGUUAGAUAAUCUCCAUAAGAAUGAAACAAUACUUUCUAAAGAAAAUGAAGAAAAUAUCCUCGAGUUAAUUAAUUUAUCAAAUAAUGCAUGUGAAUUACUUUUCAACCAAUCAGAUCAAUUGACCAAUAGAGUUAAUUCUAUUUGGAAUGUCCUUGAAACGUCCAAUCAACGUUUAGAUGGUAUCAUUACAAGUGUUGAUCCAACAUUGAAAUCAAUAAACAAACGUAACCACGACUACUGUAGUACAAUUGAUGAGUUAAAACAAGAAUUAUUGAAUGCUAAAAAUGAAUUAAUUGCACGAGAUAAUGAUACAAAAAAAUUGCGAGUAGAUGUUACGGAAAAACAAGAUGAGAUAAGUCAACUGCAUAAAGAAUUAAAUGAGUACAAAUCAUUCCACGGAACAGUUGAAUCAUUUUUACGUAACAAACAUUUCCUACUCUAUGGUACACUGAUUAAUUUAUGUCAGUCAAGAAUUACUACUAUGCUAGACGAGAUUAAUGAAUACGCAAACUUUAUCAAUACUACUAAUAAUACUACUACUGAUAAUACUACUCAUAAUAAUUAUGAACAAGUCUCUUAUACUUGUAGUCAAGUGAAAUUAUCCAUUGAACAAUUGAAAGAAUCAUUUAAUAAAUUAGACAAAGAUUUAACUCAAUUCAAUCAAAAUGAUACUGUUACUCUUACUGAAACACCUGACAAUUUGAGAAUAUUUUCCACCUUAAUACUACUAAUCAAUUCAGAUGUCUUCAAUACAUUCACUUCACAUCUAGAACAAUCUAUCAAUGAGUUCAGCAUACUGAACAGUAAAUCGUUAAGAGAAUUACAACAAAUUUAUCAUCAUGAUAUUAUAAAACAUUCAAUUGGUGUGUAUCAAUCUACAAUAGAUGAAUUGAAAGGUGAAAUAAAUGUAUUAAAGACAGACUGUCAACGUCUUACUGACCAAUUGGCUAAAUCCCGUCUGGAGUAUGAAACAUUCAAGAAAACUGUUCAGGUGGAAAGUACAAAUAUUUCAAGGAUUGAAACAGCUUUAAGCGAAGCUAAUCAAUCUAUUGAUUCAUUAAAACAGAAUGAGACAGUUUUAAUGGAUAAAUAUACUAAUCAAGUUAAGUUAUAUGAAGAAAGUCAACAAACAAUUAACCAGUUAGAAGAUCAAUUAAAGUUAGUGAAAGGGAAAUCAAAUCAACUUUCGAAUGAAUUAUUGGAGAAAGAGUCUUUAAUUAACAGUACUCUCGAGGAAUCGGAGAAAACAAUCGCUUCACUUCAGAUUCAAUGCAACAACUUACAAAAUAUUAUCGAUCAAUUACAAUUAAAGCAUACAAAUAGUUUAGAUGAGAUGAAAACGCAUUAUGAAGAAGAAUUGCACAAAUUGAAAGAAACAACGGAGGCAAAAAAAUCACAGUGUAUUACUGAAUUGAAAAAAGAACAUCAAACCGCUUUAAACAAAGCUGUCGAGUCUGCUGUUAGUGCUAAAGAGAAACAAUUGAAACAACAAAGCCUAGAGUUGAAAAAUCGUUUGAAACAAGUUUUACAAGAAUUAGAAAUAAGUAAAAAGUCAUCAAAUAGUCAAUCACGUCGUGAACUUGACCUACAAGGAUCAUUGAAUGAUGCAGAAGAGAAGUUGAAUCGUCUACAGACAGAAUAUAAAAACCAAUGUGAACUAGUCGAAGAAUUACAAUCGAAAGUAAACGAGUUAGAACAAGCAAAUUCAGACUUAACAACGAAUCAUAAUAAAAAUGCAAUGGAAAAUAAAAAUCUAUUAAAUGAAUCACUCUCAGAAAUCCAUGAAAAUUAUCAAAUGCAAAUCGAGUUGAUGAAAGCUGAACAUGCCAGUCAUAUUCAAGAGAUGACAAAAGAUUUUGAAAGAAAAUUAUUCACUAGUCAACGGGAACUUGAUAUUCAGCAUAAAGCUGAAAUAGAUGAGACAUCAACAAAAUUAAAGCAGAUGGAAGAAAAUCAUACUGAAAAGUUGUCACAAUUAGAAGAGACUAUUUCGGAGCAAGAGCGUCAAAAUAUUAAAUUAAAAAAUUGUGUCAAUGAAUUACAAUCCGAAUUGAAGCGUAUGAAAGAAGUCGGCGUUGUCGAAGCUAAAUGUCAGAGUAAAGUCAAUGCAUCAGUAUUAUCAAGUCGAUCGUCUGUUUCUUAUCAUGAUGUUGAUGUACAGUGUAAUCUACAAUUAGACAAUAGCUUCAAUAUUAAUGAAACUGAUUCACACCUACUGAAUAAUGCACAGAAUGGUGUUAAUCAGUCACGAUCGUCAAGUGAAUUGAAUACUUCUCGUUAUUCUUCAAGCGACGCAGCUUAUGAUGAUUGGAUUGAAAAAUUACGUCAAGAAAUUCUUCAUUCAGAUUCUAUUGACUCAUUACAUCCAGCAUUACGUCAAACUCGUUAUCCUACUUCUGUUUCUAUACGUGAUUAUGAAGCUCUUCAAUUGCAUAAUACAGAUCUUCAAAAUCAAUUGCAACAACUGUCGGCAGAUUUUGAAGAAUUACGCUCAAGAUGUACAGCUGCAUGUGGAGGUGGUGGUGGUGUCAAGGAGUCGAAUCAACAUUCCAAAUUCACAUCUGAACCAUUACAUAUUCAUACAGGAAAUGAUAAUAAGACAGGGCAAUCGCCUCAAUCAAAUCUUUCGCUAAAUACUAUGCUGAGUGAUUAUCAUCAAUACAGUAAUACUGUAUUUAGCCCAAGUGAGAAUCGUCUACACGAGUUGGUUGAAUAUGAAUAUUUAAAAAAUGUUUUGUUCGAAUAUAUGCAAGGCCGUGAAACUCAAACAUUGUCAAAAGUCCUUUGCUCUCUGAUGCGUUUCAAUGCAGAUCAAACGCGUAAGGUGUUGAGUUAUGAAGAUCAAAAAAGCAAGGCAUGGACUAUUCGCGCGGUAAUGGAAUAA